ACAAAGCAUUUACGAGAGAACCCCAUAGCAGCAGUAUUACGGAUCUUCAAAACAUUUUUGUGAAAAUGGAAUCCACCAACAAUUUGGCAAGUUGUCUGGAAGCAUGUCAGACGUCCACUAUGGGCGACCUUGAUUGCUGGUUCGUAGUAACAAACAGCAGCAAUUCUGAUAUAUGUUACCUGUACUACACAAGUGACAAAUACCUGGCAGACAAGGUAGAGAACACAACAGUCACUACGGGCUCAACCAUUUAUAUCAAACGAUGUGGCAACGUUGCUGUAUAUGGUGAAACGACAACAACAGCAGCACCAGCAGCAACAACUACGACGUGUGUUUCUUUGACCGCAACAACAACGUCAGCCGCGACAACUUCUACAACACAAACAAUAAUCACGACAACCAUGCAACACACAUCUACAACUACCGCUGCACCAACAACGAACGUCGUGGCUCAAACAACUGAGGGUGUGCAGUGUUUACGAUUCAGUAACCAGACAAUAACGUACACAGCUAGUGAACUUCAGGUACAGCUGAAAAAACUCAAAACAGAGCUCACUAUCAUAAAAAAUAGUACGAACCGACACAUGCGAACACUCAUUAGUGUGUAUGAUGGCCGAAAAAGCGCCGUCAACAUCGGAGUCAUUUGUAGUAUAAUCCUCGGGAUCAUUCCUAUUCUUUUCCUAAUUGCUGACAUGCCGUUGUUCUACAGACAUAUCAGAGGUCGCUGGGACGAGGAGGAAGACGACGAAGGUGAAAUCGACUGAAUCUUGGUUGUUCCCCAAGACCAAUAUUUUUUGUGAUGACCAAGAUGACAAUCGGUUUGAGAUACCUUCUCACUGAAACAUAUGCAUUACAUAACUGUGUUAUUACCGCGCGUUUUAAUAGUGUCUAAACACUCAAAAGCGACCUUGCAAUGUGUCUGUUGCUAUGUCUGAGAUUAACGUGAGUGCUACAUUAAUAAUGCGUUACUGCUAACAUAUUCUAAAUACAUAAACAAUAUAAUCAUACUAUGGUGGACCAAAUCAAUUAAGAGGUUCAAGAGAUAUAUAUUAAUGAUGCAAAACAGUUUAGUGUGUCCCUUUGGUCUUGAAUGAGGGCAACCAAAUCUUAUAAUGUCCAUUCAUGUAGCUGCUAAUCGGACUGUAUAUAUUUUUUUUACACUUUUUGUAGUCAUAGUGACAUCUACCACAGCCAUGUUUAUACACAUACUGCACAUAUGAUACGAAUGCAUAUCAUCAUGUCAAAUGUCUGUAAGUUAAGCCUUCGCCUAGAUCAUUUUAUGAAACGUUUUAACAGUAUAUAUAUAACCGUCUCUAUUCGAAGCAGCAUUGCUCACUUAUUUUAUUAGUCUAGGUACAUAUCACAUCUAUCAGCAUAGCAAUGUGUAUCAUCGUGGGAAAGUUUAGGCCUCUGAAAUGGAUUUUUUCAAUGUAAAUUGUACAAUGAGUUCCAAGUUGUUUAAGCCCACCAGGACCGAAGGUUGGGUGAGCUUAUCUCGUUGUGCGGCGUCCGGCGUCUGUCGUCCGUCGUCCGUCUGUCAACAUUUCUAAAAAUCGCUACUAGUCCCGAACGCUUGAAUGGAUUGUGAUGAAAGCUAGUCUGGAGCAUUGCUUUGAAAAGGGGAUCAAUCGUUGUAUAAACGGAGAAUGUACCUCCCCAGGGAUCGGAGGGGCGGGACCAAUUAAGGGAAAUUUUUGGUCUGGAGCACCAUUGGUCAAAGUGAUCUAAUGUUGUAUAAACGGAGGGUGUGGCUCCCUGGGGGCCAGUGGGGCAGGGCUUAACGGCGGAUAUUGAACUAAAUUCUUCAAAUUGCUUCGAGUUUAAACCCUUGAGAUCCCCUCCCCAUGGCCAUAUAUAGCAUUGCUGGACAUCAAGAGAUAAACACAAUCAUGAUAUAAACAUAGGCCCUGUGGUAUUUUCUCACCACUUGGCUCUAGUCUCUUGGUUGUAUUUUUAAAACUAUUGAGAUCCCAGUCCCAUAACCAUAUAUAAAAUUGUUUGACAUCAACAAAAAUAGAUAACAUGAACAUUAUUAUGACGUUUGGUCAAGCCAACAUGGUGAGCGAUACAGGCCCUUUAGACCUGUUGUUUUUAGUAACAUCCAACAGGGACGGGAAAUUGAAUCCCCUGUUUGCUGCAGGGCACAGCAUCUCAAUGCAGGGCAUAUUUAUUUGAUAGCUGUCGCUUGCUUUUGUUUGUUUGUUUGU